AACUGUUGCUGGGUCCAGACAGACAGUAACUGCUGCUGGGUCCAGAUAGACAGUAACUGCUGCUGGGUCCAGAUAGACAGUAACUGCUGCUGGGUCCAGAUAGACAGUCCAGAUAGUAACUGCUGCUGGGUUCAGAUAGACAGCCAGAUAGUAAGUACUGCUGGGUCCAGAUAGCCAGUAACUGCUGCUGGGUCCAGAUAGACAGCCAGACAGUAACUGUUGCUGGGUUCAGAUAGACAGUCCAGACAGUAACUGCUGUUGGGUCCAGAUAGACAGUCCAGACAGUAACUGCUGCUGGGUUCAGAUAGACAGCCAGAUAGUAAGUACUGCUGGGUCCAGAUAGACAGUCGAGACAGUAACUGUUGCUAGGUACAGAUAGGCAGUCCAGACAGUAACUGCUGCUGGGUCCAGAUAGACAGUAACUGCUGCUGGGUCCAGAUAGACAGUCCAGACAGUAACUGCUGCUGGGUUCAGAUAGACAGCCAGAUAGUAAGUACUGCUGGGUCCAGAUAGACAGUCCAGACAGUAACUGCUGCUGGGUCCAGAUAGACAGUAACUGCUGCUGGGUCCAGAUAGACAGUAACUGCUGCUGGGUCCAGUUAGACAGUAACUGCUGCUGGGUCCAGAUAGACAGUCCAGACAGUAACUACUGCUGGGUUCAGAUAAACAGCCAGAUAGUAAGUACUGCUGGGUCCAGAUAGAUAGUCCAGACAGUAACUGCUGCUGGGUCCAGAUAGACAGUAACUGCUGCUGGGUCCAGAUAGACAGUAACUGCUGCUGGGUCCAGAUAGACAGUCCAGAUAGUAACUGCUGCUGGGUUCAGAUAGACAGCCAGAUAGUAAGUACUGCUGGGUCCAGAUAGCCAGUAACUGCUGCUGGGUCCAGAUAGACAGCCAGACAGUAACUGCUGCUGGGUUCAGAUAGACAGCCAGAUAGUAAGUACUGCUGGGUCCAGAUAGACAGUCGAGACAGUAACUGUUGCUGGGUACAGAUAGACAGUCCAGACAGUAACUACUGCUGGGUUCAGAUAAACAGCCAGAUAGUAAGUACUGCUGGGUCCAGAUAGACAGUCCAGACAGUAACUACUGAUGGGUCCAGAUAGAAUGACAGCCAGACAGUAACUACUGAUGGGUCCAGCUAGAGAGUCAGACAGUAUCUACAGCUGGGUCCAGAUAGUCUGACAGGCAGACAGUAACUAGUGCUGGGUCCAGACAGUAACUAAUGCUGGGUCCAGACAGUAACUAAUGCUGGGUCCAGACAGUAACAAAUGCUGGGUCCAGACAGUAACUAUUGCUGGGUCCAGCUAGAGAGUCAGACAGUAUCUACAGCUGGGUCCAGAUAGUCUGACAGGCAGACAGUAACUAGUGCUGGGUCCAGACAGUUACUAAUGCUGGGUCCAGAUAGAUAGACAGACAGUAACUAAUGCUGGGUCCAGACAGUAACAAAUGCUGGGUCCAGACAGUAACUAAUGCUGGGUCCAGACAGUAACUAAUGCUGGGUCCAGACAGACAACAAGACAGUAUCUAAUGCUGGGUCCAGACAGUAACUAAUGCUGGGUCCAGACAGACAACAAGACAGUAACUAAUGCUGGGUCCAGACAGACAACAAGACAGUAUCUAAUGCUGGGUCCAGACAGUAACUAGUGCUAGGUCCAGACAGACAACAAGACAGUAUCUAAUGCUGGGUCCAGACAGUAUCUAAUGCUGGGUUCAGACAGACAGCCACACAGUAACUAAUGCUGGGUCCAGACAGACACCCACACAGUAACUAAUGCUGGGUCCAGACAGUAACUAGUGCUAGGUCCAGACAGACAACAAUACAGUAUCUAAUGCUGGGUCCAGACAGUAUCUAAUGCUGGGUCCAGAUAGACAGUAACUGCUGCUGGGUCCAGAUAGACAGUCCAGACAGUAACUGUUGCUGGGUUCAGAUAGACAGUCCAAACAGUAACUGUUGCUGGGUUCAGAUAGACAGCCAGAUAGUAAGUACUAAUGGGUCCAGAUAGACAGUCCAGACAGUAACUGCUGCUGGGUCCAGAUAGACAGUAACUGCUGCUGGGUUCAGACAGACAGUAACUGUUGCUGGGUCCAGAUAGACAGUAACUGCUGCUGGGUCCAGAUAGACAGUAACUGCUGCUGGGUCCAGAUAGACAGUAACUGCUGCUGGGUCCAGUUAGACAGUAACUGCUGCUGGGUCCAGAUAGACAGUCCAGACAGUAACUACUGCUGGGUUCAGAUAGACAGCCAGAUAGUAAAUACUGCUGGGUCCAGAUAGACAGUCCAGACAGUAACUGCUGCUGGGUCCAGAUAGACAGUAACUGCUGCUGGGUCCAGAUAGAGAGUAACUGUUGCUGGGUCCAGAUAGACAGUCCAGACAGUAACUGUUGCUGGGUUCAGAUAGACAGUCCAAACAGUAACUGUUGCUGGGUUCAGAUAGACAGCCAGAUAGUAAGUACUGCUGGGUCCAGAUAGACAGUCCAGACAGUAACUGUUGCUGGGUCCAGAUAGACAGUCCAGACAGUAACUGCUGCUAGGUCCAGAUAGACAGUAACUGCUGCUGGGUCCAGACAGACAGUAACUGUUGCUGGGUCCAGAUAGACAUUAACUGUUGCUGGGUCCAGAUAGACAGUAACUGCUGCUGGGUCCAGAUAGACAGUAACUGCUGCUGGGUCCAGAUAGACAGUAACUGCUGCUGGGUCCAGAUAGACAGUAACUGCUGCUGGGUCCAGAUAGACAGUAACUGCUGCUGGGUCCAGAUAGACAGUAACUGCUGCUGGGUCCAGAUACACAGUCCAGACAGUAACUGCUGCUGGGUCCAGAUAGACAGUCCAGAUAGUAACUGCUGCUGGGUUCAGAUAGACAGCCAGAUAGUAAGUACUGCUGGGUCCAGAUAGCCAGUAACUGCUACUGGGUCCAGAUAGACAGCCAGACAGUAACUGCUGCUGGGUUCAGAUAGACAGCCAGAUAGUAAGUACUGCUGGGUCCAGAUAGCCAGUAACUGCUACUGGGUCCAGAUAGACAGUCCAGACAGUAACUGCUGCUGGGUUCAGAUAGACAUCCAGAUAGUAAGUACUGCUGGGUCCAGAUAGACAGUCGAGACAGUAACUGUUGCUGGGUACAGAUAGACAGUCCAGACAGUAACUGCUGCUGGGUCCAGAUAGACAGUAACUGCUGCUGGGUCCAGAUAGACAGUCCAGACAGUAACUACUGCUGGGUUCAGAUAGACAGCCAGAUAUCCAUACCCCAUGCAGCGACAGCAAUGGAGGCUGCUCCCACCUGUGCCUGCUGUCGCCCAUGCAACCCUUUUACAGCUGUGCAUGCCCCACUGGAGUCAAGCUCAAGGAGGAUGGGAAGACCUGUCGCCCAGGUGCGGAGCAGGUUCUACUGUUGGCCAGGCGGACUGACCUGAGGAGGAUUUCUCUGGACCUCCCAGACUUCACUGACAUCGUUCUGCAAGUGAACGACAUCCGCCAUGCCAUCGCCAUCGACUAUGACCCUGUGGAUGGAUAUGUGUACUGGACAGACGACGAGGUUAAAGCCAUCCGCUGCUCCCGCAUUGACGGCACCGAGGCCCAGACCCUGGUCACCACGGAGAUCAACCACCCAGAUGGCAUUGCGGUGGAUUGGGUGGCCCGGAACCUUUACUGGACGGAUACGGGUACUGACCGUAUUGAGGUUACAAGGCUGAACGGAACCUCGCGCCGCAUUCUGAUCUCAGAGAACCUGGAUGAACCAAGGGCCAUUGUGCUGGACCCUGUCAAUGGUUACAUGUACUGGACAGACUGGGGGGAGAAGCCUAAAAUAGAGCGUGCUAACCUGGAUGGAAUGGAACGUCUCGUGCUGCUCAAUACCUCGCUGGGUUGGCCCAACGGUUUAGCCAUUGACUAUGAAGCAGGAAAACUAUACUGGGGCGAUGCCAAGACGGAUAAAAUUGAAGUGAUUGAUGUGGACGGCUCCAAUAGGAUGACCCUACUGGAGGACAAGCUACCCCACAUCUUUGGCUUCACGCUGCUGGGCGACUACAUCUACUGGACGGACUGGCAGAGGAGGAGCAUCGAGAGGGUCCACAAGACCAACGCCAUCCGAGAGAUCAUCAUUGACCAGCUGCCUGAUCUCAUGGGACUCAAAGCCACCAGAGUCACUGAGGUCUCCGGCACAAACGGCUGUGUGGAGGAUAAUGGCGGCUGCAGCCACCUGUGUUUCCACCGGCCCCAGGGCCUGCGCUGUGACUGUCCCAUGGGCCUGGAGCUCCUCAGUGACAUGAGGACAUGCGUGGUGCCCGAGGCUUUCCUGCUCUUCACCAACCGGGCUGACAUCCGCUCCAUCUCCCUCGGGACCAACUCUAACGACGUUGCCAUCCCCCUCACCGGGGUCAAGGAGGCCUCCGCCCUCGACUUUGACGUCUCCGAGAACAGGAUUUACUGGACUGACGUCAGCACCAAGACCAUCAGCAGGGCCUUCAUGAACGGCAGCUCUGUGGAGCAUGUGAUCGAGUUUGGGCUGGACUACCCAGAAGGCAUGGCAGUAGACUGGAUGGGCAGGAAUGUGUACUGGGCCGACACAGGGACCAACCGCAUAGAGGUGGCCCGGCUGGAUGGACAAUACCGACAGGUCCUGGUGUGUAAGGACCUGGACAACCCUCGCUCCCUGGCUCUUAACCCUGCCAAUGGCUACAUGUAUUGGACAGAGUGGGGAGGCAAGCCCAGGAUCGCCAGGGCCCACAUGGACGGCAGCAACAUAAUUACCCUAGUGGACAAAGUGGGCAGAGCCAACGGCCUCACCAUCGACUACAUCGACCAGAGACUCUAUUGGACCGACCUGGACACCUGUAUGAUAGAGUCAACCAACAUGCAAGGUCUGCAGAGGGAGAUAGUGGCUGACGACCUCCCUCAUCCGUUCGGUCUGACCCAGUACCGGGACUACAUCUACUGGACAGACUGGAACCUGCGCAGCAUCGAGCGGGCCGACAAGCGCUCUGGGCUGAACCGCACCAUGGUCCAGGGACACCUGGAGUACGUCAUGGACAUCCUGGUCUUCCACUCCUCUCGCCAGGAUGGUGCCAAUGACUGCUCCCAGAACAACGGCAACUGUGCCCACCUGUGCCUGGCGUCGCCCUCCGGCUCCCAGUGCCGCUGUGCCUCCCACUACAUCCUGGACUCAAACAGCAGGAACUGCAGCUCCCCCUCGAGCUUCCUCCUGUUCAGCCAGAAGGCCUCAAUCAGCCGCAUGGUUCUGGGUGAGCAGAGCCCCGACAUCAUCCUUCCCAUCCACGUCCUCCGCAACGUCCGGGCCAUCAGCUACGACCCCCUAGACCACCUGAUCUACUGGGUGGACGGGCGGCAGAACAUCAGGAGGGCCCGCGACGAUGGCACACAGUCGUCAGUGGUGGUGUCCACCACUUCCACCCACCAGCAGCAGCCUGACAAACAGCCCCACGACCUGAGCCUGGACACCUACAGCCGUACUGUCUACUGGACUUGUGAGGCCACCAAUACCAUCAACCUCCAGCGCCUGGACGGAGAUGCCGUGGGCGUGGUGCUGCGAGAUGAACAUGACAAACCCAGAGCCAUUGUAGUCAACGCCGAAAAAGGGUAUAUGUAUUUCACGACCAUGCAAGAUCGCUCUGCUAAGAUCGAGGGAGCGUCUCUGGAUGGGACAGAGCGGGAGUCUUUGUUCACCACGGGUCUGAUCCGGCCUGUAGCCCUGGCCCUGGACAACAAGCUGGGGAAACUCUUCUGGGUGGAUGCUGACUUGAAACGCAUUGAGAGCAGUGACCUCACUGGAGCCAAUCGGAUCGUCCUCCAGGACUCUAACAUCCUGCAGCCCAUGGGUCUGACAGUGCUGGGGGAGCACCUGUACUGGAUCGACAGACAGCAGCAGAUGAUCGAGAGGGUGGACAAGCUGAUUGGGGAGAAGAGGACCCGUAUCCAGGGCCGCAUUGCCUACCUCACCAGCAUUCACGCUGUGGAAGACAUGGACCCUACAGAGUUUGCUUCUCAUCCCUGUUCCCAUGACAACGGAGGCUGCUCACACAUCUGCAUUGCCAAAGGAGACCGGACACCUCGCUGCUCUUGUCCUAUGCACCUGGUCCUGCUGCCCAACCUGCUCAUCUGUGGAGACCCACCCACCUGUUCCACAGAGCAGUUCACCUGUGCCACGGGUGACAUUGACUGCAUCCCCAUGGCAUGGCGCUGUGACGGCGUUGCUGAGUGUGAUGACAACAGUGACGAGGAGAACUGCCCCGUGUGCUCGGCAAUCCAAUUCCAGUGUGACAAGGGCCAGUGUGUGGAUGCUCAGCUACGCUGCAACGGAGAGCCAGACUGCGCAGACAACUCCGAUGAACAGGACUGUGACACCAUAUGCCUGCCCAACCAGUUCCGCUGCAACAACAAGCAGUGCAUCCUGAAGAAACAGCAGUGUGACUCCUACAAUGACUGUGCUGACAACUCUGACGAGCUCUUCUGUGAAUUCCUCACCCCCCCGUCAAGCGACGUUCAAUCACCAUCUCACACCAGCACCAUCGGCCCAGUCAUUGGCAUCAUCCUGUCAGUGUUUGUGAUGGGAGGGAUGUACUUUGUGUGCCAGCGGGUGGUGUGCCGCCGUUACAAAGGUCCCAACGGAGCCUUCCCCCACGAUUACAUCAGUGGCACCUCACACGUACCCCUCAACUUCAUCGCACCCAGCAGCUCACAGCACGGAACCUUCACAGGUAUCUCGUGUGGGAAGUCUAUGAUGAGUUCUGUCAGUCUGAUGGGGAGCAGCUGUAGUGGGGCACCACUCUAUGACAGGAACCAUGUGACAGGGGCCUCCUCCAGCAGCUCCUCCAGCACUAAGGGAACCUUUUAUCCACAGGGUUUGUAUUUGCAGAUGCUCAACCCGCCUCCCUCUCCAGCCACGGAUCGCUCCCUGUAUAAUGCAGAGAUCUUCUACUCCUCUAACAGUCCCUCCACCACCAGGUCUUACAGGCCUUAUCUAAUGCGCGGUGUGGCACCCCCCACCACCCCAUGCAGCACUGAUGUCUGUGACAGCGACUACACCACAAGUCGUUGGAAGAGCAACAAGUACUACAUGGACCUAAACUCAGACUCUGACCCUUACCCUCCUCCCCCUACUCCCCGGAGCCAGUACCUAUCAGCAGAGGAGAGCUGCCCCCCUUCUCCAUCCACAGAGCGCAGUUACUUUCACCUCUGUCCCCCACCCCCGUCACCAUGCACUGACUCUUCAUGACACCCGGGGAAAUAGCCAUGUCUGUAAAUAAUUUUAAAUAUUAACAAAUGAGAAUUAUAUUUUAUUCAUAUCCACUGAUUGCCAUGGGUUAAGGUGGGGAUGGAAUAGGGCCAGAUCAAGUGUGACGUUGUUGUACAGUAAAUUGUAUCACUUGUCUAUAUUUUUCACGUUUCCCACCCUCGUUUCAGAUGGAGUAUCCUCCUAAUUAGAAGACUUUCAAUCUGACUAUUCUAUUGGCCUUUAAUAAUUCUUCGUUUUUUUCAGCAAAGUACUUUAGAACUUCCUUCAAACGUACCAAUUUACAGUGACAUUUGGUUUGAGAAAAUACUGCAUUCAAAUGUUACACUGGUGAUGUGGCCAACCACAUUACCAUUAACAAAACAAAUUGUAAAUAUUUGUAAUUAAGUAAAUAAGAAAUGUUUCACAACAGCCAUGAAAUGCUCUUAUUAAUUGAACUGGUCCUGAGCAUGUCUUUGUUUUGGAGUUUACCAAAAAUGUGUUUGCUGCUACUGUACAUAUACUUUACUCUGAAUUAUGAGAACACCCAACAAAACAAUAGAUCAUUAAGCUGUUUCAGUUAGUAACGUUAUUAUUUUUUUGUGUAGAACAGUAUGUAUACAUGUUAAUUGUUUUGAAGGAGUCCUUAUGGAAUAACUCAUAAGAGCAGCUUCAUCGUUGAUGCAGUUAUCAACCAGAAAUGACAAGGUUUUGCACAACCUUAACUCUAUCAUGAAUCUCUUAUGCAAUGUCCAUGUGACAUACUAGACUGACUAUUUCCAUUUAUUGAAACAAUAAUACUGUUGAUAUUUCAGCUUUUAUCCAUGAGACAAAUGUCUGUAGUUUAGUAAAAGCUAUUCCAUCUUUUGUAAACAAUGUUUGAAAACUGUAGAUGAUUAAAUUGUAGUGAAACCCUCACUAUCUUCACAUACCUUUCAACCUAUAGAUUGAAUUUCAGAGUGGUGAAUAUCAUGCACCUGUAAAAUCAUGGCUCCAUUAUAUUGUCUCACUUUGAAGAUUGUUAACAUUGUCAAACUGAGCACUUCCUUAAAUGAACUAUCCAACCAGUUAAGAAAUGUGAACAGUGAAUGUAAAAUUACAUAGAGAGGGAAAUGUAUUUUGAAUUCAUACCUCUUGUGCUUGUUUUCUGAGCUUUUUUCUGCCAUUUGUAUACAGGCAAUUAACCAUGGUGCUGACAAGUGAAAUUAAAUCAUAUGAUCAAAAGUGUCAGGCUUCCAUCUGUAUGUUGGACACCUCUGGCUUCUAGCAGAGAGGUUGUACAGGUUCCUCAGACCUCCACAACACAACCUGCUGCCCAGCCCAUUUCAAGCCACGCCCUUACUGGACAGGGACAACUCCAGCUGUACUUCAUUGUGCCAGUAUGUAGAUGCUCCCCAAACAAACCUGUGUUGUGUUAUUUACACUUGUGACAAUUUUUGUAUCAAAAGCAUUUUUAUAUAAUAAAGGUUCUAUUUUAAGGAA